GCGGCCAAUUUGAAUUUAGGGUUUAGAACAGAUUCUUUGAGCCUAAUCUCAACACCUUACAGCUUCCUGUCGAGAGAUCUCGAGCUUCACCUAAUCAAUCGUCUCAGUUCAUUUUUUUUCCAAAUUAAGUUUUGAACAGUUUUGCAAAACAUGUUCUGUCUGAGCGAGCUGGAAGAUACAGUAAGAGUGCCACCGCAUCUCCUUAAUGGCCCCCUCGAAGAUGCCAUCAAGGAAGUGCUUCAAAAGCUGUUCUUGGACAAGGUUUUGUCUAUUGGGCUUUGCGUAUCAAUCUACGACAUUAGAUCAGUCAAAGGAGGGUUUGUUUUACCGGGUGAUGGUGCUCCCACCUAUAAGGUACGUUUUAGAAUUGUAGUGUUUCGUCCAUUUGUUGGUGAGGUCAUAGCUGCAAAGUUCAAAGAAUCUGAUUCCAAUGGCUUGCGCUUAACACUUGGAUUCUUUGAAGAUGUUUAUGUUCCUGCUCCACUUAUACCAACACCUAAUCGCUGUGAGCCUGACCCUUAUAAUAGGAAUCAAAUGAGAUGGGUGUGGCAAUAUGAGGGAGAGGAGUUUAUUAUCGACGAUUCAUGUCAGAUUAAGUUUCGAGUUGAGAACAUAAGCUAUCCGCCUGUUCCAAUUGAGCGAGCAGAGGACGCUAAGCCUUUUGCUCCUAUGGUGGUCACUGGGACUAUAGAUGAUGAUGGUUUGGGCCCUGUUUCUUGGUGGGAGGCUUGUGCUCCAAUCAGUGACCAAGAUUGAGAGACCUGAGCAAAACUUCUUCUUUCUCCAAAUUGAAGACAUGUUUUUUUCAAACUACUAUGUUUUUUCACUUGACAUAAGAAGUUGGGAAAGCCUAGGCCUUUUUGUAGUAUAUAUUAAAAAAAGCAAUGAUACAAAUGAGGGAAAAAAAAGUUCGAAUGUAGCAAAGUUUUUUUGAAGCGGUUUGAAUUGAGAAAUUGGUUAAGCUCAGUUUGUUGAAGCGGUUUACUGCAGAGAUUAAAUCGGUGCUUGGUGACGAUUGAAGAAGAAAAAGGGAAAGUGAAGCCUCUGACCGCGACAGAGUCUCUCCUUUCCGUAGGAUAUAAACUCUAGAUAGUUGUCAUGGGAUGUGAGAGAAGAAGCAUUUGAUAGCUUGUAAAAGUUGUUGCUCUGUGUUGUUGAGCUGUAAACAUCAUCUCUGAU